AUGGCUUCAUCAGAGCAAGGAAAGGACACCUUACCUACUCUCCAAUAUAAUGUAUCUUCUGGGACUCUGUACACUGGCCCUGCUGGCCUCCACCAUUGCACAGAAUGUUUCAACAAUAGCUUCUUUCACUCCUACAAUCGCUGUUUCUGCUCCUACAAUCACUGGUUCUGCUCCUACAAACACUGGUUCUGCUCCUACAAGCGCUGGUUCUGCUCCUACAAUCACUGGUUCUGCUCCUACAAACACUGGUUCUGCUCCUACAAACACUGGUUCUGCUCCUACAAUCACUGGUUCUGCUCCUACAAGAGCUGGUUCUGCUCCUACAAGCGCUGGUCCCGUUGCUCCUACAAGCGCUGGUCCCGUUGCUCCUACAAGCGCUCGUCCUGUUGCUCCUACAAGCGCAGGUCCUGUUGCUCCUACAAGCGCUGGUCCCGUUGCUCCUACAAGCGCUGGUCCUGUUGCUCCUACAACAGCUGGUCCUGUUGCUCCUACAAGCACUGGUCCCGUUGCUCCUACAAGCGCUGGUCCUGUUGCUCCUACAACAGCUGGUCCUGCUCCUACAAGCGCUGGUCCCGUUGCUCCUACAAGCGCUGGUCCCGUUGCUCCUACAAGCGCUGGUCCUGUUGCUCCUACAAGCGCAGGUCCUGUUGCUCCUACAAGCGCUGGUCCCGUUGCUCCUACAAGCGCUGGUCCUGUUGCUCCUACAAGCGCUGGUCCUGUUGCUCCUACAAGCGCUGGUCCCGUUGCUCCUACAAGCGCUGGUCCUGUUGCUCCUACAAGCGCUGGUCCUGUUGCUCCUACAACCGCUGUGCCAGCUCUUACAACCUCUGUUCCUGCUCCUACAACAGCAGCAACUGUCCAAUCUUCCAAACCAAGUUGCAGCCCAGCAACCGGAGCGUCUCUGUUGUGUUCUGUGGUGAUUCUUCUGCUCUACAGCCUGUAGUACUAAGUGGUGAACCCCCUCUGGCCUGGAGUUUGUAUUGUUCAGGACUAUAUAGACUGAGUGGCUAUGAAUGACCCGAGAGCCAAUGAACAAAGCAAAUAUGUAUCUGGAAGAUUGGAUUUUCCUCUACUAGAACACCAGUCAUUGAUGUUUCAUGUUAGAGGUUAAUCUUUGUAUAUGGACACGUUAUGAGAGAAGCAAAUUCUUCUUAUAUUUGAAUUUGGGUGGGUGGAUUGGAGGGAAGAAGGGGUGGAGGGAGGGGUUGGGGUUGUACUGUUUUCCUGUUCUCAUAUCUGAAAAUCUAUAAAGAAAGUACAACAAAAAACUUUUGUUGUAAACCGUCACCAAUGGGUAAAAACCUUUGGGCUAAGAGAUAUUGGUUGUGUUUUGAACACUGACAGUUUUACGAACUUGAUUCCACUGCCCUUUUAGACUUAUUCUUGUCCGUUUGUUUUAUUAAGUUGAAAUGCACUGAUUAGAGGGAAUGAGUUCAUGUUGUAGACAAUACACUUGAUUGUAAUCCAAUUUCUAUGUUAAUAAAUGCAUGUAUGGAAGUACAAUCAAAAACAGUAUAAUAAAAUAAUAGAAAGUGUGA